GUUUGGCUUUAGUGUCUGUGAGCGUGAAGAUCAGCAGAGAUCACACCACUGACCCCCUCGUCUCCGUGUCUCCCCUUCAAGGAUACGGGCUGCACAGCAGGGACACAACGACAGGAGUCAUGGACCUGGGAAAGAAGCUCAGCACUCCCAAAGACAUCAUGCUAGAGGAGCUGUCGCUGCUCUCCAACAGAGGUUCUCGGCUUUUCAAAAUGAGACAGAGGAGGUCUGAGAAGUACACAUUUGAAAGCAUUCAAAACGAAGCAAACACUCUCCUGAAUAAUGAUAUUUUGAAUCAGAACACACACUCUGUGGAAAUUAAGGUGGAGCCACCAGCAAAUGGAAGCGCUGCAAAUUCAGCUUCGGAAAAGCUGGACACCAGGCCUGUACAUAAGACUUAUCACUCACCGUGGGAACAGGUGAUCCUUAGCGACCCCAACCUCGCUGAAUCUCUGCAACUCCGAAUGCCAGAGCCAGAGCAGCGGCAGGAGCUCCCUGAAUAUAAAUGCUUCAACCGGGUCGCCACUCCUUAUGGUGGUUUUGAAAAAGCUCCAAGAGGAAUUACAUUCAAGCUCGCUGAGGUGGACCUGAACCCGCCGCAGUACCAGGAGCUGAGCGAUCCCCAGGCCAGGCGGCCCACGUUCAACAGGACGGCCCAGGGGUGGAUGUCUGAGGGCAGUCAUCUCAUCCUACCAACCAUCACCAUGGAGUCCUUCAGUGUGCCGGAGUCUGAUGACCUGUAGAGGAUUCUACUGGAACAUGGGAACACAACGCAGCCUUUAGUGAUCAAGAUCAACCUGCAGAACGGGACAAAGGAGGGGAGCCUAUUAGUCUCACCACUGUAAUUUCUUUGCAGCUUUUAAUAUUAUAGCCAUUGAACUUGACAGAGAAGUUAACUUACCUUUUUUCUGACAGUAGUAUUUAUUUUAAUGACGCAUUACAAAAUUUACAUUCAAUAUCCGUAAGAAGGCUGUAAAUAAACAAUAUUCAAAUGAUAAGAUGAAUAUUUUAUGUACAUAACAUUUGCACAUUUGGAUAUACGCUCUGUACAAUAAAGUCAUCAUCAUCUAUCAUUUAGUGGAAGUUUUCAGGGGGCGGGAAAAGUAUAUAAAAGUAUAUAAUAUGUCUUCAACUAUGACUCCUGGAUACAAUUAAGCACCAAAGCAACAUCAAAAUGUUAGAUUAGAUUAAGAUUAAUCUAAUAAGUGUUCUGAGUAAAAGCAGGACGUAUAUUUCCUAUCGUCUUGUUCAUCCAGGUCCUACACACCGGGUAGAGCAACCUUAAAUACAAGUUCAUUACACUGGAUGUGAUUUACAGGAAACUAAACCAAAGGCCAAAACGCGAGAAAGUAAACAGCAAUAUGAUAAACAGCAGCCAGGUGCUGCUAAUCAAGUGCACUUCAGUGUCAGAUCAACAGCAUGUGUCUAUGAAAGGAGAAGCUUUGGGGGCUGAAAUGUCUGCAGCACUUUUAACACAAUGUGAGCCUGGAGUAAGGAGCAAUCUGGAAAAUAUUCCAAACAGUUUCUAGUGUCCACAGUAACAGACAUCCAAGGUUCCUCUGUCAGAUGAACCAGAACAUAAAAAAAUGGUAAAACUCCAAAGAGCUUCAUCAUUGACUCCACAGGCCUCAUUUGACAUGUUUGGUGCUGAAGUUUUGGACAAACUCAUUAGAAAACCUUUGAACAUAAACUUAGUUCUGACCUUUACAAGAACAGGCGAAAGGCCAUAAAUUAUCACACAGAUUUCUAAUAAAGUAGUUAUUUGGGCAAUUGGAUUGUGCAACAGGCAGUGAUUUUUGUUGUGCAUUUCUGCUAGUUCAGAAAUGUUCUACUAAAUUUUAAGACUUGUUAAUCAGAUGAUUAUUUUGUGUUAAAACGCAGUAAGUUUUCAUCAUUGUCAUACUGUAUAUUGUAUGUACUUGAGCCAUUUUGUUGUCAUGUUCAAAACAUUGUGUCUGAGUAGUUCAAGCAACAAUAAAGGAUUAAAAUAAGUUUA